UAACAUGAACGAUUUUUACUUCACUAGAAAAAUCUUUUCCAUUUUUUGGGAUCUCUGGAAUAUCCUUCCAGGUGAGUCGCGCUGGAUCCGGGCGAGGGCACAGCCCACAUUUGAUCCUCCGGCGAGCAUUUCCACGGAUCGGCCCAAAUUUCGCGAAAUCAGGUGCGUUCUCUGCGCGAUCUAGGCGCGAUCUGGGAUUUCGCGGCUCCUGGAGGGAGCUCGGCGAGAUCUGGCCAUGGACGCGCACCUCCGGGAGCUCUUCGACGCCUUCCAGCAGCAUUUCGGCGUCGGGCCAGGGCUGGGCCGCGGCUAUGGCGGCAGCCUGGUCAGGAUCGAGGGGCUGGGCACCGCAUUCCUCAAAUCGGUGUUCCGGGCAGCGGCAGCGCUGCACAGGUGUAAUCCCUGGAAGAAGCUCAGGGCGCAAGAGAUCUUUGGCCUGCGCAUCGGCAAGGACACCGACUGGCCGGAUUCUCGCCCGCCCUUCUACUGCGUCCAGUUCACGAGCUUCGGUGAUCCAAGCCUCAAUCUCUACCGCAGUGAGGAGGAUGCGGUGGCGGCCAUAGCGGGAAUUCGAGGCUUCCCGGAUCCAAAGUCCAUUCCAAAGAGGGGAUUCCUGCGAGUGACAUUUGGACCCGAGGCCGAGAUCUCUCUGCCCAACAGGAAGAUCAUCAAGCAGCUGGGUCUAGAAAUCGCUGGCGAGAAAGCGUUUCCACUCAUCGACGUGGUUUCUUCUCGAGCUGGAGGUGGUGCUCGAGAAGAAAGCCUUGGCUUUCGGAAUCCAUCGCUGGAGGAGCUAAGGUGGCUGUACGCUUGCAUGAGAGCUCUAGCGCAGAUGGUCCCGGCGAUCCAGGUGGUGGAGAAGCCACAGCGGAGUAUCGAAAGCGUGAUGCAGUUCAUCGAUAUCCAGUGGCCAGCCGAGGAUCGAAAGGAGUGGGAUAUCACUUGCGUGAGAGUUUCGUUUCCGCCAAAGGAAGAACAGCAGCAGCAAAACGAUCAACAAGGUGGCAGCCUUCCAAAGCUGGCGGAAGUGAGCGACUUCUCGCCCGAGAUGAUGGACGUGCUGCUGGCAUUGCCUCGCCAGUGCAUCGUUUGCGAGAAGGAGGUCUCGGCCGAGAAGGCUCCUCGGUGCAGCCGCUGUAAGGCCGUGGUCUACUGCAGCCAUGGCUGCCAGAAGCGGCACUGGAAGGAAUCACACAAGGGGAACUGCGAGGUUUACAAGGCCAUGAUGGAUCUCGAGGAGGAGCUCGAGUUCAAAGGCUUUGCAUUCCCGUGCUUCAUCGAUCACUCCUGCCGCUGGCUCGAGCUUCUGGGGCUUCACGGCAAGGGGAUGUGGAGGAGGAUGUGUGGGUGCUUCAAGAACUGCCCGUUUGGUUUGCUUCCACCGGAGGGUGGCGAGACUGGAGCUUGGGGACUCGAGGAUUCGCAACACCCGGUUGACGAGCCUGUCAAGCAUUACGGCUCGGCUGGAAUGGUGGUGCUAUCAAACUGGGCCGACUACUACGACUUGCGAGGCCUUCCUGCCGAGAGUCCGGUGGCAGCACUGCUCUCGCAUCCACUCACGGUCUACCACAUUGUCACAGCUUUGAGUCCCUUCACGAAGAACCUCCUCGCCAAGAACAAGGAGGUUGUUCUUCACUACAUCGGUCCGGAGCCCGAGCUCGACUGGAUGCCGGCUUUUACAGAGAUCUCCCAUCUUUUGAGUGGAGCCGGCAGCCUUCACAUUAUCAUGGUCGGGCCGGAAGUUCCAGGCUCGCUUUCCGGGAUGACCGAGGUGCUGGAAGAAAGCGUCAAAGUAACGUACGUGCAAGGCUUCUACCAGGAGCACGCUGAUUCCUUGCCGCCGCCACACCUGGUGGUGGGAUUAAACUCGUCUCUCGAGAGCGAUGGUAACUGGACUGGAGCUCUAGAGGUCAUCAAGGCGCUGGGAGUUCCAGGAUUCUUCACGGACUAUGCAGAGACGUGCUGCCUCAACGCAAAGCAGGUUCUACGAGCAGCUGGUCUUCACAUCAGUUACCCGCUCACUCCGAAUCCGUUUCGUUCUCCCGUGAGGCACCAAAUGCCGUCCAUCAACGUCCCUUGGUACAGCAAUGGAUUCAUUCUCGGCAUCAACGUUUAGUAUCACCACCUCUCUGGGAAAAGGCCUCAUUGAAUCGUGUUGAAUGAAGGAGUGAGAGUUCUAAAUAGUCCAUCUGGAUUGUCUGCGUGAACCUGUCAGAGUAUGUAACAGAGCGAGUGAAAGGUUUGGAGAUUGUGAAAGUUUUCAGACUUACCCAGUGACCCGAGUCUUCAAGAACGUGAAGAUCGACACCAGCGCCUUCGUUUGAAGCGGAAGCCUCGGCGUCGUCGAUUCUUUGGAUGUCUUCGUGAGCCCAGCGAUGCAAGCUGCGCUCGGCUCGCAAGAAAUUGAGAUGGACUCCCUCUGGUACGUUGUCUACCAGGUUCCUGUGACAUACGUUUGUGAACAGAUUUGCUGCUUUUUUGCAGUGAAAGCGUACCACAAGUUUGUAUCCUCGUAUGAUCUGUACAUGUCGGAAAUGCCAUUUAAAUCGAAUGUCCAGAAUAAAUCCGAGCUAUCUCGAGCUGGUU